UGGCCGCGUGGAGAGCAAGAUCUGAGGCAGCGAUGGCAGGCAGGAGGUUUUCGCAGCUGUUUAGCUGCAGCUAACUCGGGUCGGGAAAAUGCGACAGCGACUGCCCACUCGAGGUCGUCAUGGCGACAGCCAGUGAACGUGUUCCUCUCCUCGGGCAGGCCCCCGAGUGUAGAGGAGCUGCUUCGAGAGGCGCAGCUCAAUCUCCAGAGCCUGUUGCAAGAAGAAUAUGAGGAACAGUACUUGGAGGCCAGACUUCUGGGGCAGACCUUCCGCUCUGCUGAUGAGGCCCCUGAGCCCACUCCUAGCCCAAGGCCUCAGGUGGGCAGGCGUCUGGAGUUUGUAUCGAUGCCUACAAAAUGGCAGCUGAGUGAGGAUGAGACCACCACCCAGGGUGUGAGGGCCUCUGAGGCCUCCCUGAGCCUGUUGACCACAGCCGACAAGCAAGCUGCCUGGAAUAGCCCCUCCCCUCUGCCCAUCCUAGAGGAAAAGCGGUGGCUUCAGCCUUGCUCCACGCACUCUGACAUUGUACCCAUCAACAUCUCCGGGCAGCAGUUUGAUAAACAUGCAAGUUUGCGACACUCGUUGUUUAACACAGAGACAGCCGUGAACCCCAAAUCCACCCUGAGGCGGAGGCGGACCAUUAUUGGAUUCUCUAACUUUUCCCAGCGAGACCAAGGUCACAGCAGCAGGCUGGCAGGCGGCGUGGCCCGCGCCACCACCUCGGACAUCAGGCCCAGUCAUUCCGCCCCAGAAGGUGUGCAUGGAAGAAUUGCAGUUGGCCAGGAAGCUCAGUUCCCAAAUCUCACCUCCCCAGUACUAAGGAGUCCUUCUAGUGAGCCGGAAGAACCUCUCCAGGUGUGCAGUGCCACAAACUGCCCUGGCAUGGAGAGCGUGGGAAUGGUGUACAGCAUCCCCAAUUCUUGCAACGGGCCAACAGAAUCGACAUUUUCUGCUUCCUGGAAGGGAGAUACUCUUACCUACAUGACUCCAAGCACCGCCAGCCAGAGCAGUCGAGUCAGCGAACACGGAAUAAAUCCUUCCUCAGGCAAUGCUUGGGUCUCUCUGCACUCGCUGCCCCCUCCGGUUCCUAAGGAGGCCGCUGCCCUCUUGGUCACUCGUGAUAACCCUGCAGGAUGCAGCGGGUCGGCUGCCUACUCCGAGCACCCUUCUCGACGAUGGCAAGCGUCCGAGCGACCCUCCAAGAUGGGCCUUCUCACUAGUGGUACCUUGAGGCUGGAGACGGGCCCACCAGGGGCCAGCAGGUUCCGGGAGCGGUCGCUGUCUGUGCCCACAGACUCGGGCACUGUGGAGGUGGCCUACGAGGAGGAGCAGAAGGCCAGUGAGGCCUGUGCCCUGCCUUGUGCCAGUACGAGUUCUGAGGGCAGUAACAGUGCCGACAACAUCGCCUCCCUCAGCGCCCAGCAGGAGGCCCAGCACAGAAGGCAGAGAUCCAAGAGUAUCUCGCUCAGGAAGGCCAAGAAGAAGCCUUCCCCACCCAUGCGCAGCGUCUCGCUGGUCAAAGAUGAGCUGGCCCUCUUGCCAGAAGGUGGGUCAGGACUGCCCAAGGACCAGAGGCCCAGGAGCCUCUGCCUGUCCUUGGAACACCAAGGACGUCACUCGUCCCACCCCGAUGCUCAGGGUCACCCAGCUGCACCAACUUUCAAAGAUCCGGAAGGUCCACAAUUCUCCCACCACUGGUAUCUCACUGACUGGAAGUCUGGCGACACCUACCAGUCCUUGUCUAGCUCCAGCACUGCCACUGGCACCACAGUCAUUGAGUGCGGCCAAGUUCAGGGCAGCUCAGAGUCUCUCGCCUCCCCUUCCACGUCCAGAGCCACGACACCAUCUCAGCUCUCCAUCGAGGUAGAGGCCAGGGAAGUAUCCUCCCCUGGAAGGCCCACUGGGCUGAUGUCACCCUCCAGUGGCUACUCCAGCCAGUCAGAGACCCCGACGCCCACUGUGUCCCUGUCCUUGACCCUGGGCCACCUGCCACCUCUGAGUGGCGGCGUCCGGGUGCGUCCGGUGGUCCCUGAGAGGAAGUCAUCGCUCCCCCCAACCUCGCCGAUGGAGAAAAUGUCCAAGUCGCGGCUGUCGUUUGACCUGCCGCUCACCUCUUCAACCAACCUGGAUCUGUCUGGGAUGAGCAUCUCCAUUCGAGGCAAAACCAAGGUGAGCCGGCAUCACUCAGAUACCAAUUUUGGGGCCAAGCUGGCCCAGAAAACGAGCCCCAACCAGCCCGUUAUGCCCAUGGUCACUCAGUCGGACCUCCGUUCCGUGCGUCUGAGGUCUGUCAGCAAAUCUGAGCCGGAAGAUGACGUGGAGAGCCCUGACUAUGCUGAGGACCCAGCCGCGGAAGUCUUCACCUUGCCCGAGAGGAAGAUGAAACCUCCCAUAGCCGAGAAGCCCCCCGUGGCCCGAAGGCCUCCGAGCUUGGUCCACAAGCCACCAUCCGUCCCCGAGGAGUGCCCACUCAUCUCGCCAACCUUGGCUAUGACUCCCAAGAGCUCAGCUCAACCCACGCGGCCACUCCCUCCAGACAUCUACACGGUGGUAGUGCGGAAACCAAAGUCCUCCAGCUUCCCCGAGGGCAAAAGCCGCGGGGAGACGCCAACGCCCUCCUCUCUCGCUCUCACACCUUUUGCCAGUUCCUCUGGUGCUUUCUUCUCAGGAACACAGCAACCUCCCCAGGGCAUGAUGGAGGACGGGGGCCCCAAGGCGAGAGCCCUGCCUGAAAGAAUCAGCCUCCAGAGCCAGGAGGAAGUGGAGAGAAAGAAAGGCAAGAUCCCACCUCCCGUUCCCAAAAAGCCCAGCGUGCUGUACCUGCCUCUCACCUCACCCACGGCUCAAAUGGAGGCAUACGGGGCUGAGCUGAGGCUGCCUCUCAGCCCCAUCAUCACCCUGCAGGAAGAGGCCAAGGGUCCCCCCACCAGUGACCACCUGCAGUCCCCUGGUACGAGGACAACUUCACCACUGCUGGCUGAAGGUGAAAGGGAGGCCAGUCCUCUAGGGAGCUCUGUGGAACCGAGCACUGCAGAAAAAAGUGUCAUUAGUGAUAAAACAGCCGAAUGGAUCGCCGAAGAUGACGAUGACGUGUUUGUGGCUUCACGCACAACAGAAGAUUUGUUUACUGUGAUACACAGGUCCAAAAGAAAGCUGCUUGGUUGGAAAGAGCCUGGGGAGACCUUUGCAGGCGGCAGCAGACCAAGCUCCCAUUCACCAGGGAAGAAUCCAGCUGAUUCUCCAGUCAGUGAGUCAGCUGCCUCUGCGGGGUCAAGUGGCAGUGCUAACCUGGAUGCUGGCAGAAACGACGAAUUCAAGGCCUUGCUACAGAAAAAGGGGAGCAAGGCAACCCCAAAGUCCCGGCCCUCAGCAGCCGAACUGCUGAAGACCACUAACCCACUGGCUCGGAGAAUUAUUGCACAAUUUUCAAAAGACUACGAAACCACCGAUAACCCCAGUACCUAAGGCCAGGGUUCAGCAAACAGGGUUUAGUCACUAAACUUGAGUAGACGAAGGGGAAGAGAAAGGGUUUUAGAAAGGAGUCAUGGAAAUAACAAAAGAGCCUACAUGUCCUUUCCAUCCAUUCACCCUCUGGACCGCAGGAGAGAGGCCACUAGACCUAGAGCUAAAAUCAUCAGGCACUUUAAUCACCUUCGGACAUUUUGCAUUUUCACACUUAAUAAUCUCGCCGUUACUGACUACCGAUUUUCUCCUUCUUUCCCCCCAGUGCUGUGCCCUGAGGAGAAAUUCUGAGGCGCAAGAGCACCUGCGCCAUCUUUUCGGUCACUGACCGAGCUGCUCCGUCCCUGACUUCUGUCACUGAGGAGCAGAGUGAGAGGGCCGACCGGCGCUGCCAAAGCUGGGGGUCAUGGGGUGCCGUUGCCGAUGAUUCACUUUUUGGGCAAGGCCUUGCUGGCCCCGUGUGGAGAAGCAGAAAGACUCUGAGGCCUCUUCAACUACAGUCUAGCUCUCUGCACCCCGCCCCCCAGAGAGGUUUGGGGGUGUACACUUAUUUCGGCAUGGGGUUGAUUGGCUGGCUUUUGUCACGCAAAAUAUGAAUGUGACUCUGUCUUGAAAUUCAUGCCUUUUUCAGUUUGAUUGUCUAUGCGGAGAACAGGGUGAUGAGUUUCGAUGAACCUGUAGCCCCUCCCCCCACCCCUUUAGCUAGGAAAAGUCAGGACUGAGUUGCUUUGGGUGAACCAAGUUCAGCCACCAAAAGAGGCAGCCAUGUGUUCUCUCAGAUCCCGCCAAGGCGACUCGCGCAUGCCGACUCGCGCAUGCGCCUUGAGAUUCUUCAAGUGUCUGUCAACAAGGAUAGCUAGGAUCGGUGCCCAGCUCAUGCUGCAUUCUAAGAACCCUCGUUUCAUUUGCAUAUAACCUUCAUUACAGGAAGUAAUUAGCUGAAGGAACAGCGUCAUCAAAGUCUCAAGGAGGAGAGAAAGUAAGUGUAACUUGUCCACCUCCAUUCAGUUUAGACUGUGGUGUGUGGUUGCUUUUGUUCUGGUUAAAGGAAGUCUUACUCUGUUCCAAAACUAAGAAUGUAUGGACUAAAAAGGAUAUAUCCCAAACCUAAAAGGCUGCCUUGCAAGUUGCUGUGGCCCAUAACGCCAAAAAAAAGGGCUAUCUUUUUUUUUUUUUUUUUUUGCCAUUUAUGUUCCACCAUGUGACCAACUUUCAAUUAACUAUGCUGUGGGGGGAGUAGAGGGGUUGGAGGAAAUAGGAUGCUGACAGAGCCCCAGAACAAUCCCUGUGACACCCCCCCCCCAACACACACACAAGCUUAUAGGCACUUGUCAGUUCAAUUUUCUAAACAGGGCAAGGGGAGUGAUUCAUUUGACUUUCAUACGUCUGGUUGCUGGCAGUUUGGGGGAAAAAAACAGACAAUGCAUUAAACAAAAACUGGCUGACCAUUAAUGGAGGGUUAAUUGUCCAUGUUCCCAAGAAGGGAAAAGCAAAGUCAAAUGAGAUUGUAGCCUGGUUCCUGGACCCCUUCCUCCUUCACCACCGCCAUCCGCCCCCCCCCCCCCCACCCGCUCCCACCCUCAAACGGAUUCAUUGGCCAACCUCCUGGAGGAUGCAGAAACUGCCCCAGAGACAAGCAGUUCUUGAUUUCGAUAGGCCGCCUCGCUCACCAAUGAGAAGCAAGCUCUUAGCUCCACUGCCCACACUCUAGCAGACUGAGCAGCUGAAAAUCUACACUGAGAGCUGAGGAGACUUGGGCCUCUCGCUUAGAAGCCUUAGGCCUAGGCCUUUGGUUGGUACAGUUCUGAAUUCUAGACUUCUGGUUACAGGGCAGGCUCACCAACUUCUUCGCAAUCUGCACUUGCCCUUGGUUUAGGCAGAGGCUGCUUAAAAUAAUAAGCAGCGAGUACCCAGUUGCUUUCAAAAGCAUCCCAACUAUUUGGUUUGAAGGUCCUGAUCAAAUUUCAGAGGGGUUGCCUGACAUAAAAUAGACUCAUUCCUGGCCUGAAUUUAUAUACGGAUGCCACACUUGGUCUGCCCCAGCCUCAGAAUUCCAAAAGACGGAAACAUUUUCCUCUGCAGGGAAAUGAAGGGGUGUUUGUGCCUUGGCCUAACAAAAGUGAAAUGCUGCCAGGGCCUUCUCCUUGGGAACCACUUUGAACAGCUGAACUCAAGUCGAAUAUGAGACUCACAUAGUAUAGGAUUUGUUACAUCUGCUGAUUUUUCUGGAAGCUUCUCAUUUGCUGCUUCUAAGUGGGUUUUGCCUCUCCCCUCACCUUGCUAUUCCUGAUGGUUUUCCCAAAAUGUUCUAAAGCUGAAUGCCCAGACACUUUUAUGUUUUACACUGCCUUGAGUCUUGCUUUCCUCUGCAGCAGUCUGUAUACCUGUAUAUGGGAUUCUUAGAACGUCUUCUGCAUCAUUACUAUGGCCCUCAAAUGCCCAGUGGUGUUUUCAUUAGCACAGGAGGAUUUGGGGUAGUGAUGGUGUGGCUAGAGAGAACACCAAGGACUAGAAAUAUUCCUUUAAUAUUUUGCAGCAGGGGACCUAAUCCCAAACAAACCACCAAACUGUAGACUUCAUUAGUCAGUGAGGACCAUAACACCAAACAUCUUUCCUGCUCUUAACAGUCAGCCUGUCUCACGCCCGUGAUUAUCGUAACACCAACUCGCUCUCUCCCACCGAGGCCCAUAGCCCAGUGUUCGCUGCCUUGUACACCUAUUCUGCUAAGACUGGAGAAGACAGGCUGAAAGCCCCUCCAGGCAGGCUUUCAGAGAACCUCUUCCUACCACUGUUACUUGUGUAGAUAAUAACGAUAACAAGUGAAGUGAAGUUGACCCCAGGAGGUCAGCUUCCAAUUCAAGUUGUUUCCAUCCUUCUUGCUUGCUCUGAUUCCAGCCAAUAGCAGCAGGAUGCUCUGCUGACUGACCUCAGUCUAGUCACGAGUAGAGGGAGUCAUCCCCAGGAUUGGUUAGUGGGUAGCUAGGAGUGCUUUGCUCUAGGUGGGCAUUCAUUACAUGUUUGUGGUUCAAAUGUUGAGGGGAGAUAGCAAGCCAUUCUUGGUACAACAGGAAGUCUUCUUGGUGCCUCCUCUCCUUUGCCUGCCUUAUCUCUUGCCUGGGUCCCGCCCCCCCCCCCGGUCCAAACUUGUCCCUCAGUCCCAACUCCCAUGACCGGCAUCCCUAGCCUAUAGUGUACGCUUUGAGGAGGCGGGGCCACAGGCAGCAAAAGAGUUUGCGUUAGCCUUAUGACCAUAAGUCGACCAGUUAGUUGGAAGGCAUUACCUCGAACGUGCAAAGAUGGAGGAGAUUCUACAAGGCUUACAAAUCGCAUUUCACCGGAUAUCCAUCUUAAUUAACUCUCUAGACGACACAGAUCAGCUCGCAAUCCCGCUGUACCUAUCUGUCUGAGCAGAUGUGCCCAUGCACCUGCCCUCUUCCUCACAAACCAUCCCUGAGAAAAGAUGAGUUCGUGGCCAGGGCUCUCUCGUCCUCACCGGGGCAGCCUUCCAUCCUCACCAAGUGUGUCAAUGCAGUAGCAAGCUUUCACUUUAACCGGAUCUGCCAGGGCCAGGACCAGAGUGACGUGAAUAAGGCGCCCACUCUCGGGAGCCGCGCACAUGCCUUACCCUCGUCCCAGCCCUGCACUUUGCACUCUAUAAAUAUCGGUUUAUCUUCUAUCCGUGCACAAGUGUGGUUCCAUCAACGACUCCCUAUCUGCCGUUGUACCAAAUAUUUUAUUACCAUCUCUUUUUCCAUUGCUCUCAACCUUUGUAUGCCUGUAUGUCAAAGAGCCUUCACUAUGAUCAGAAAACAUGGUUGAUUUCCAAGCAACCUGCUCCGAGUGGCAAGCUAGCCCUCAUUUCGGUAGGGAUGCAGACAGGGGCUGCCCUUCAGCAAGACGGUGAAUGAGUUGGAGGCCUGCCACUGGGACGCUCUCUGUCCUCUUUCUGGUCCAUGUUCUCCAGACCCUGGUUCCCAGCACCAACUCUCCUGAGUGCCUCCUCGUUUGUUCUCCUCACUCAGAAAACCAUGCUCUCAGGAAAGGGAUGAAGUCCUUUACGAUGACAUUGUAAGGCUUAAUGCUACCUUUAUUGAGGGUCACUUGCAUUGUAACAGGGGAAAAGCCUUAAGCCAAAGGAAUUGAAAUUCUACUUGUAGAAUGUUAGGCACCAAUUAGUUGCCAAAGUGUAUUUUUCACCACGGAAAUGCCGAAUUCCCUGACAGCUAACUCCAGAAUACAGAAAAUACCUUAGUCUCCUGGAAUUAUUUCAUUACAUUGCCGGUGGUUGGGUAUAGAGUCCUGAUCCCCGGAGCUGUCCUCUUGGACAAGGGACGAAGGGACCACAUCUACCAAGAGGCUCUCGGAAAUGGCUCCUGAAAGCCAUGGAGAAGACUGAGAUUCUUCAUAUUGUACAGUGACAUUUUGACACAAAUAGAAGUCAUUCGAAUCAUUUUAGUGAAAGAACACAAGGAGUUAGAGUUUGUGAGACUGCGUCCUGCUCGUGAAAGGUGAAACUGUCCAGUCAAUGUCUGAUCGAUGUCGGUUGCCCAGUGUUGGUAGUGAUUAUUAAACUUCCUGGAGGUACAAUGUUACUGAAAUCAAGCCUCUGCUUCCCCUACCCUUAUUUAUGUUUUGUGCUAUCACUUCCGCUUGGUGUGAGAAAGACCAGAUCUCUGCCAGGGCAUGCAGUCCCUUCAAAGCCUUUGCCUGUGUUUCAGCCAUAAGUCACAAAGAUAUUAGUGAUUUAAGAGGACAAGAGAGUGGGAAAGGUGUACAAACAGCUGCCUUCGUCAAAGGACAACAAGAAUUGUAAUUUAAACGUGAAAUGAAGUCCUAGAAUAUUCUGAAACAGACUUACAUAGGAAUACAGGAGUAAAUGUUUAGAGACAAAUAUUUGAGGCGCUUUUAAUAAGUGUAGCAAAAAUACAUUUGCAUAAGUAAUGGGUUGUGUGAAAUGCGUGUAUAUGUUUGUUCAGCAAAGCCCAAAACCGAGCGUGAUCUCGGAACUAGCAGCAGCAGCAGCCCUGGGAUGUGUGUGUGUGUGUGUGUGUGUGUGUGUUCGCGCUCGCGUUGUGUUUAUUCCAGUGAUGUUACUUCUUCAUGCCCCUGAAUCCCUAGCGCUCCGACUGUCCAGAUGGUUCCAGCCUUUCCUGUCGUUUCUGCUGUCAUUAGAGUGAUCCGUAUCUGGCCAAGUGAUGUACAUUGUCGUGUUGGUCUGGUGUACAUUUAUUUGGUGUUAAGAAAUGAUCAGACUGAAUCAACUACUUGCUUACCCUGCAAAGCCUUUGAUUUGACUUAGCUGGGACAUCUGGCCUGUUUGGGGUUUAAUUUUUUUUUUGUAAUUCACGAAUAGGAAAAAGGAAGAAGUGUUCUAUUUGUUUGGUAUUGCCGAUCCUUAAACACCCAUCUUCACCGUGGUGGCUGUUCUCGACGAGGGCUCUGAUUUUAAGAUUUUUGCCUACGUAGUGGAAUUUGAUAUCAAAAGAUCCACCAACAAAAUCUGAACUGGAACAACCAGUUAACCCCUCUCAGCUUCUCCUUCAAGCCAAGCUUUAUAGGAACUUAUUCCCUACGUGGUGUUCAGCUUUUUAUUUUUUAACGUCCAAUUUUAUAAGAUGUUAUGCAUGCGGACGCAGCAUUGUGCUCAUUGUAUAAGUCGCCCCAAACUCAUUUUCAACUCCGUAUGUAUGGUGGUGAAGAAAUAUCAAUCUGUGUGUUCGUACCUCUCCUGAUCAACUGUAAAUGACAAAUCUUUUCAUUAAUUUUUAAAUGAGAUAUAUUUACUCUGGCUAGUAGUUAAAUUUUUCUUCUUUUUAUUAUAUUUCAGUGCUACUGUUUUCUACUGAUUCCAAAGCUUACCUUGGGGAAUAUUUCUUAUUUCUAAGUUGCUGUAUUGUUCUUAUUUCUAAAUUUAUCUGUAAUCCUGGAAUGUUAGAACUGAAAGGGACCAACCUCUCAUUUUACACAUGAGGCCCAGAAAGGUCAAAUAACUUACACAAGGUCAUGUAUACAGUAGCAGGGUCUGGCCUCAAUCCCAGGUCUCCUGCCUCUGGGGCCAGUGUGUUUGCGUUUAAAGCACUGCAUUUAGAGAUAACCCACAGCUGGCUUCUACUUUUACAACAUAUGAAUUUCCCGGAUAGUUCAGUGAACUAAUUAUCUAUGCUUUAAUGGAAAAUGCUCAAAAUUUCUUUAGUUGAAUCUGAAGACAAAUCUCAUUUUCAAUUUAGAAACAAAAUUCAUUUCCCCUCCAAAUUCAGUAUAUAUUCCCUACUUUGUAUAUGUUUUCCCUAAGAGAUGUUUGAAAAUGAAUUUCUGUAGAUCAAAUUCCAGUUUUUGGUAAAAAAAAAAAGUCUCUUAUGUGGGGGAAUCUUCUGGUGACUUCUUUUGAAAAACAAAGAGUCCAAUGUCCCCUAAUGCCUCUACUUCUUUUUAGUGUGAACUUUUGUAAUUGGUAUUUACUUAAAGUAGGGAAAACCGACAUAGGCUUUCCUAGAAUCUACUUUAUCCUUCCCUUCUUAAACUUUAUGAGGUACUUUCAGGCUGUUAGAUGCUCAUGAGGUCUUUAGUUGUGUUCUAGAAACUUCACCUAGCUCGAUGUUAUGUCAAUCCCUGGGCUCAAACUCCAUCUCCAUCUUAUCCGAAAAUAAUAGAAUUCCCUAAUCAAUACUGAGCUCUGCAUGCACUCUCUUUUCUGGAACAUUUUUUGCCCAGUGUGACUCUCUCUUUAGCUAUUUUUGGGCCUUCUUUUAUGGCUCAUGCAUACCUUAUUAUUCGUGGAACUGCAGGCGGUGUCCCUUUAGGGCCCUGCCAGUCAGUUGGAGUGGUAUUUCCAGUUAUUUCCAUUGUUCCCUUGUUUCUACUGGACCUCCUCUGGUUUCCAUUUUCAGGAAUGCUCAGAGAUUAGUGGGAUCUCAACCCGAAGGGUUGACACACUUUUUUGGUAAAGGGCCAGAGAGUAAGUAUUUUAGGUUUUGGGGGGCCACAUGUGGGCUUGCUGCCUUCCCAUCUAAUUACUACACUGUCACACCAGUCGGCACAGAAGUGGGUGGAGGAGGGCUGCGUAUGUCAACCCAUGAAUCUUUAGAAGGGUGCUCUUCAUCAUGGUGUUUUUCUCUCUCUCUCUCUGUCUCUAUCUUUCUCUCUCAGUGACUAUCUUGGUGUAGAAACCCUCAUUCAUUUUUCCAGACCUCCCGUCCUAGUUAUCCAAUGUGCCUCUACUUCCUCAAGUUUAGGGUAAACUGGCAGGGAAGAAUGGAUUUCUGAGUUUUCUUAUUUCUUUUGCUCCAUCACUGGUCUCCCAAACCGUGGCUGGGCACCCCUGCCCUGGGUCAUCUGGCCUGCCCUGCCCCAUAUUACCAUUAUGAGUUUAGGGCUGUCUCUGGAAAGUCUGGUGGCCCAGGUUGUGAAGUUCCAAUCCAGUCUACAAUUUCCUAGGAAAAUCACCAGCCCUCUUGGUCCCCAUGGCUGGUUUUAAAACCCAGAAUGUCCGUGUGUCCAUUUUCUAUAAUUCCAUUUGGAUCUGUUCUAUAUUUAGGCCCAGCAAGAAAACCAACAAGGUAUAAAAAGUAUUCUGCUCCCACAGUGUUUACCUGCCUCAACCCCUUGCCUCUUGGGUUCCCAGUUCCAAGGGGGAUGGACUCCUUGGGAUGCCCAGUGCAGCCUCCCCCCCCCCCAGCAAACAUGUGACACACCACCACCUCCUGUUUUCUGAACCUUUAAAAAGAUUCCCUAGGGGUGCCUGGCUGGCUCAGUUGGUAGAGCAUACGACUCUUGAUCUUGGGGUUGUGAGUUCAAGCCCCUUACUGGGCCUAGAAUUUACUUUUAAAAAGAAGAAGAAGAAGGAGAAGAAGACUCCCUAAAGCUUCUUCACAACUCUCUCCAUCUCAUGCCCAUCUCUACCUCUCAUGCUACUUGGAAGUCUAAACCUCAGAUUCACAUUUUCCCAUUUGCUCACAUAAGCCUUGAGGGGCAUGAAUGAGGAAGGCGUGUGCCUGUGCAUGUGAGCAUAGUUUCUCCACUGAGACUGUGAAGGCCCCGUUGACUAAGUCUCUCUCUGUCUCUCUCUCUCUCUCUUUCACACAUACGCACACACACACCAUGUGCAUAAGCACACACUCCAUCCAGUGUUCUCAUCAGGUCUCUGGUCCAGCUCUACGUCUGGUCAACGAGAAGGGGAUGGUUGGGGCUCCAGUGGCAUUUCCCUUUUUCUUGUCUUUUGAAUACUUCUUUCUGCUGGUUUGCGCUUGCUUCUCUUAGGAAGCCAUUAGAAGAAACUCCUCUGUGACAAUUGUGGACAGGCUGACAUACAGAGUGCUAGAACUUUCAUUCAAUAGGCACUCGGUCACUCAGACAUACCUCUGAGGCUGGAGUUUUUCCUAUCGAAGCAAAUUGCUUUUUAGGACCUUUCUACUUGCUUCCUGUCAUUUGAGCCCAGGGGUCUCCCCCAUUACUAGAAACUAAGUUUUUAAAAAGUCAGAGGCAUGAGCGAGUACCUUUCAGGAUCUCCCUAUGUGAAAGCAUCUGCAAAACAGUUUCUUCCCACCUUUGGUUUAAGAUUGCCAGACUGAGGAGAGGAACCAGGCUUAUACCUUGAUCUCUAAGGCAGGAAAAGAACUAUGCACCUGCCGAAAGCAAAAUAAGGAAGGAGGAUUGACUAGUCCUACCGUGCAUAGUCAGGAGACAGACUUUUGUCACGUCCACAUGCAGUGCUUACUAAAUGCCAACAACGCACUUAAGAAAAAUAAGGAAGACUGGAAUUUACAGACCAAUGUCCUAAACUGGAAGGUGGAGAUAAGGCCAUUCCCCCAGUAAAGAGACAGUGUCCCUGGAUAAAAAUUUCAGGAAGCGGCAGAAACUAGGAGAGAUCAACAUCCCAGUCUUUUUUAGAAUUCUAACACACAAUGGAAGGAAGCCCUCUGCGGGGAGAUAAGACAAAGGGUUUUUCUUGUCUUUCUUUUCUUUUUCUUUUCUAUCUUUCUCUCUUUCUUUUAAGCAUUCCAUACUGGGUUGCUACCAGCAAUUGAAGCGUAUUCUUUAUAUAGCUAGAGCUGUUUGUGUCUUCUCAAAAUAAAUUGUUUCUGUUAAAAAUCA